UCAGUAAAGCCAGGCCACAGAGACAUUCGUAACCCACUACACUAGUUAUCGAAAAUAUAGGUUUCAUGUCAUUUCUGUUUCAACGCAAAACUUAUUGUCACAGACUAAGCUUGUUGUAUUGUAGGUAGUUAUUAGAAAUCGAGCACAGCAAAAAAAGUGUUUCUCUUGAAACGGUAAUCAAUCAAUUGUAGGUGCUUUUUCUUUUCUAUUAGUCCCGUGUACUGAACGUUUUGUGUGGAUCAUUCGCAGAGUUCAACUCGAGAUAGUUUUCUUCCAGAAGUAAUUGAUAAUACAUCAUCUCUCACCGUAGAAACAAGUUUGUUCACAUGGAGCGGUGAAUAAGAUUCUAUUAGCUAAUCGUAAUUGCCACGACGUUGAAUAUUUAAUCAUCUAGUCCAAGAGAGCUUGUGGGGCGGAGGAAAAAAAAUCUUAGCCAAAAUGUUCCAAAAACGUCUUCUUCGAAUCGUCUACUUGGUGCUGUUUGUUAUUCUGCUAAUUCUGUUGUACAAGGCCUUCAAUAACUCGCCGGAAUCGAACCAAGCUCAGGAUGAGCUUGUUCAGCGUCCCUCGGACGCCCCGGUUUACGUGAUGGUAUUCUAUGAAGCGCUUUGCCCCGAUUCCAAGAAUUUCAUCAUCAAACAGCUUCAGCCUACCUUCCAGCGAGCGCCAAGCUUGAUUGAGAUUCAGUUCGUGCCCUACGGCAAAGCAACGACCAGCACCAACAGCGAUGGUUCCCUGGCUUUCGACUGUCAGCAUGGGCCGAUCGAGUGCGAGGCGAACAUCAUACAUGCGUGUGUAGUGGAAGCGGUUCACGAUGCCGCCACCCGUCUGAACAUGGUGGCCUGCAUGAUCCGGGACAACAUGAUUCCCAAGAACGCAUUCUAUCGGUGUGCUAAGGAAUACUCGGUAGAAAUCGAGUCCAUUCAGAAGUGCUACGACAGCCCUCACGGUGCCGAGUUGCUGAAACUGCACGGAGAGGCUACCCAUGCGCUGCGACCAGCCGUCAGCUUCAUUCCGACGAUCACCCUGGAUGGGCAACAGGGUCGGCAGGCUUCCAUCCUAAAGGACCUGUUCGGGGAGGUGUGCAAGGUCGCCGCCGGCCGGGGCCCAAAGCCAGUCGUUUGUGAAUGAUAGCAGAUGGUUCUCUACUCGAUAAAUCGUUUCAUCCGAACCGAGUUGUACGAGGAAUUCCGGCAGAUCCCGACGCGCAUCCAGCGAUCGGUUCUACUAUUGCUGCAGUAGAAACAGACAGAUGAAAAAAAAACUCUAAAACAACGUUAGUAUCCCAGUUGUUUUGCCCCCCGCAGAUCAAGAAAUAUUUUCUCAUCUUCACAUUGAUGAACAAAGAUGAUGCCCUCCAAACGUAUGAGACUUUUCCCAAAAAACAACGAUUCUUUAAAAUAUGUUUUCCGGUUGUUUUGUUGUUGGUAUAUUCUAGUGUUUAAGAAUGUGUUUUCCAUUUUGAGCUAGAGAAAUCUUUAGAUAAGAUAACUGUAUUGAGUAGACAGAAGCACAAUUAUAAGUAGAAAACAUGCACUACAUUUUGAUUCAGAUAGAGCAGCGUGAUCGAAAUUCAAAUAACAGAACCAUAAAUGUUUUGAACAAGGCUAACGUGGAACAUUAAACUUAUCCAAUUAAAACAAAAUACAAUUAGAGGCACUUAAACUAUUAUAAUUACGAUAGAAUGUGGUAUAGUUUAAUGUAGUAGUGCGACGAUAUUUAUCUUCAUCGGCUUCAAAAUGUACUAGAAAUCGAUUGUAAACGGUACUGAUAUAAGUAGAUGGUAGCAGCAAUUCCAAACUUUAGGGUCUUCAAGAUCUCAAAGAGCAGACAGUCAUUAGCAAUUCUCUACGAAAACAAAAACUGAAUAUGAAUAAAAUAAUCUUAUUCCGAGAUGUGCGAGAA